AUGUUAUUUCGGAGGCAGCGGCGCGCAAACCCAGAACUACCCCCAGACAGCUCUUCAAGUAGCCGUGAAUCAACCAGGAGCCCGAGGAGCCUGUUCUCUCUGCCAAAAACCCUGUCUAGGAGGGCAUCAACCAGCUCGGGCGACCAAUCGGAGGAUGUAAAGGGACCUGUUGGAUUGAACCUCCUGCACUCCCCACCGACGCCAGAGAUCGACUUCAUCUUUAUUCAUGGUCUAGGCGGCAAUUCUAGGAAAACAUGGAGCAAGUCGGCCCUACAAUCUCACUUCUGGCCAAAGGAGUGGCUCUCCAAAGAUCCCGCAUUCAAAAACGUACGUAUCCAUAGCUAUGGAUAUGACUCGCACUACCUGAAGGGCAAGGAGGACUGCUUGAAUGUACACCACUUUGGCAAGUCAUUCCUAGGGGCGCUCAGCACUUCGCCAUACAUUAUGAAUUCCAGCACAGACAUCGUUGUCAUCGGCCACAGCAUGGGUGGCUUGGUGAUGAAGAAGGCAUAUAUCCUGGCGAGACAAGACCCAACGCACAAUACGCUGGCUGGGCGAAUUACCGCGUUUUAUUUCCUCGCUACACCGCAUCGAGGUUCCCACUUAGCAAAGAUGCUGAAAAACCUUCUCAAGGUUGCGUACGACCGUGCUUAUGUUGGCGAUCUGGAACCGAACUCUGGGGCGAUCCAAGUGAUUAACGACGAAUUCCGGCAUUUUUCGGCCGAGCUUGAGCUAUGGUCGUUCUACGAAACACAGGAUAUGAGGAUAUUAAACUCACUCAUCGUCGAUCCUGAGUCGGGCGUCCUCGGGUAUCGUGAGGAGAAGCAGAUACCCAUGGCUGCUGACCACCGUUCAAUAUGCAAAUUUGACACACCUGAGGACCCCAACUACGCUCUCCUACGAAACUCGCUCGCCUCUACUGUGAACAGAACCGCAACGGCGAUUCUGGAUCUUAAGUUGAAGCACAGUCGUGAGAGGAUUAAAAACCUCAAGAAGUACCUGGAAAUUUCCGGCUCUUUGGAUGACGAUUUUGCAAACGUCUGCGAAGCUCGGACGCACGGGUCAUGCGGAUGGAUUUCGGCUAAAACCAGUUACGUCAAAUGGAGAGAUGGAGAAUGCGGAAAUGAUAGGACGCUAUGGAUACAAGGCAAACCAGCAACUGGAAAAUCAGUUCUUGCUGGCUAUGUCAUCGAUCAGCUCAGGGAGUCAGGACAGGCCUGCAGUUACUUUUUCUUUAAGCAUGGAGACAAGUCAAAGUCCAACCUAGGUGGUUGUCUCCGAUCUCUGGCUUUUCAGAUGGCUAGCUCCAACUCCGAAGCUGCUGAUGCUAUCCUAGGGAUGCAAGCAGAUGGUGUUUGCUUAGACCGUGCUGAGGGCCGUACCAUCUGGAGAACCCUCUUCCUUUCUGGAAUUUUCAAGGCAGCAAUUGCUCGGCAUUACUGGGUUAUCGAUGCCCUGGAUGAGUGUUUGAAUCCGCCGGUCCUUUUGCACGCCAUAUUUUCCAACAUGAACGAAUCUAUACCCCUGAGAAUUCUCAUCACAAGUCGGGAUACGGUCGGUCUAGAUCAAGGUUUCUCGGCCAUUCCACCGAGUCUAGUCCAGUCGUUACCAAUUUCGACGAAAGACACAGAGUCAGACAUCAGGCUUUUGAUUGAUAAGAGGACCCAGGUAUUAAAAAUUGUGGGACCUGAUGAUCGAGGUACAUUGGCGGAGAAGAUUCUAGUUAAAUCUAAGGGGUCCUUCUUGUGGACAAUCUUGGUACUCGAGGAACUCCUGCGCUGCCACAGCAGAAAGGAAAUCCAUCAGAUUCUUGAAAGCGUACCGAGAGGCAUGGAGCCACUAUACAAGCGGACUUUAGACUAUAUGUCACAGGCGCCUCGAGGAAAGGAGUUGACAAAGACCAUUCUCAUGUGGGCCGCAUGCGCGGUUCGACCAUUGACAAUCGGCGAGCUGGACGGAGCUCUAUCCCUGGACACCCGCGACUCAUUCCCAAUAUUGGAGGAAAGCAUCGCGGCGCUCUGCGGCCAACUGGUGGUAGUGGACAAAUAUGGGAGAGUUAACAUGGUGCAUGAAACUGCCAGAGAAUUCCUUGUAGCCGGCGGAUAUGCGACAGAGUUCUCCAUCGACAAAACUCAGGCUCACACACGGAUGGCUCAGGUGUGUCUCAAUUACCUUGUCGGGGAGCAAAUGAAACCUCCGAGGAACAGUCGACACCGCUAUUCGACAAAUUUGCCAGCAAGAAGACUGGAUUUUGCCGCGUAUGCAUGUACAGCAUACUCAUAUCACCUCUCGAGGGCAGAUCCAUCGGUCACACAGACGUUCCAGCUUGUUGUUCAGUUCCUGAAGUCCAACGUCCUCUCUUGGAUUGAAAUGAUUGCUGAUUAUCGAAAUCUUAACCAGCUUAUCCGUGCCUCUAGACAUCUCAAAAUCUACGCCAAUGCAUGCGCCGUUGAGCGGUCACCGCAAGACCCUCGGAUACAAACUCUACGACAGUGGACCACAGACCUCGCUCGAAUUCCUGCCAUGUUUGCCAACGCCCUCACGAUAUCACCAUCGGCAAUACACUCAUUGAUACCCCCAUUCUGUCCCACCGAGUCUACGAUCUUCAACACCGGCGGCUCCAGCCGGAGACUUGAAGUGCUUGGCGCGCAUAACAAGCAAUGGAAUGAUAGAUUAUUGUGCAUCAAUUUUAGUCAGGGUCAACCAAGGGCUUUGCGCUAUGGAGACGAGUUCCUGGCUGUAGGUCUCAGUUCGGGAACUGUAGUAUUGUACUAUGCCACAUCCUACCAGGAGUGCAAGAUCUUGGAGCACGGCGAAGCAGUCAGGUUCAUUGCUUUCAAACCCAAAACUGACUUGGUAGCAACGUGUGGUAUGAAGUUGGUCAAGGUCUGGAACAUCAGAAGUGGGCAGGUGGUGCACUGCUUAGCGAGCCCUCCACGUCCGCUGUGGAUGGAAUUCGAUGGAGGGAGAUUGCUAAUUGCGAGUGGCAAUAACUACGUUGCAACUUGGGAUUUGGGAGACAACGCCCAACCGGAGUCAGUGCGGAGGCCAUGGUACGAUACCGAUACGCCAGAGAAAGAUGGAACUCAGCGUGGGACCCCGUGUGCACUGGCUCUCUCUACGAGCCACAAACUUCUUGCUGUCGCCUAUAACGGCCAGCCCAUUACGCUAUGGGACAUGGAAGAGGAAACCUACGCUGGUAGCUGUGGAAAUGAACUUUCCAGCGGAGAGGCUAGCAGUCAUGUCGUGGUCGCGCUUGCUUUUAACCCCAAUCCUGAUGUUAGCCUUCUUGCAGUCGCAUACCUUGAUGGUAAACUUGCACUCCUUGACCCCUUUUCCGAUCAGGAGUUGGAAUGUUUUCGUGCGAACUGCCAAGUCCUCGCCGCAAGCCCGGAUGGACGUCUUCUCGCAGCGGGUGGUGCGAAUGGGAUUAUCCACGUUUACGAAUUCGAUACGCUCAAGCUCCUCUAUCAGGUGAAGUCAUCUAACUCUUACAUAAAGCAGCUUGCAUUUACUAGAGACAGUAUGCUUCUUGCCGAUAUACGAGGCACCCAGUGCACUGUCUGGGAACCCGAAGCUUUGUUACGAGAGUCCAUGAGCGAUGAUAGUAGCGGGGCCACUUUUGUUACAGAACACGAGGCGGUUUCUAUGGAAGCCAAAGCAAAGAUUAUUGCCAUGGUGGUCCAUCAUACAUCGGAAGUUAUCUUUUGCGGAAAGGAUGAUGGAUCAGUCGUACUAUACGAACGGAAAACGGCUGCGAGCUUAGGGGCUCUCUACAGCCACAAGUCAUCAGUUCGUCUGUUGGCCUGGAUUGAACAGAGAGACGCCCUCUUAAGCGUCGAUGCAUCCAACAGGAUCUUUGUACACAGAAUCCGUCAGUCAGCAGACAAAGGUUGGCUCGGCGAUAUGACUCUACUGUUCAAGUCCCACCUCGAUUCCGACAAGGCAAUUAUAGAUGUCCUAGUAGGAGAAAUUGCGGCGAAGAUUUUGGUAUCGACUCGCGAGUCUGAUCACCUGUUCAACUUGGACAGCGGUAAGCAGGAGAGAGAGCGGACAUAUCCACAACUACCAGAAAUUCGCAAAUGGAUCUCCCAUCCAGAAUCCUCUCUACACCUUGUCUGUAUCAACAACUUCAAAGUCUACACCUACCGCUGGAGUGACUGGUCUGAAGUUUCAUCUAUUGCAUUGACGCUGGACGAGACGGCAGAGCUCAAAAGCGCGAUCCACUGUUCAUUUGGCCAAAAACAAAAAAUCCUGCUCGACCUUUCAUGUCCGGAUAAGUCCGUCAAAACUAAUAGGAUUACGGUACUUGACGGAGAGUACCUUUCCGUCGGAAACAAUGAUAGCAGCUUCUUGCUGGGCAACCAAUCGGACGCUGUGGUGGUGUUGGAUAAACAUACCACAGAUCAAGACGGGGAGAACAUGCUGGUGGAACCGAGUCCAGGCCCUUCGCUUUGUUCAAGGAUAAUGGCAUUUGAACUAAGCGCUGCCCAUGUCAUUGGAAUUGAUGAAUCGGGGAAACUCAUAUUCUUGAACCGGUCUUUUUGGGUGUGCUCUAUUGACCUCAGCAAGCUAGAGAUUGCACUACCCAUGAAUUCCCUGACACUUGACGUCUUUGAGCACUUUUUCAUCCCAUGCGAUUGGUUUGCUGGGAGAAAAGACAUUAUUUGUGCUUUGGCAAAGAGAGAUAUUAUAUUGACCCGGGGUGGGGACCUGGCGGUGAUUAGGGGCGGUCUUGACUAUUCUAAGAGAGUGUCUAUAGAGUAA